CAGACAAUUUGAAACUUUGCGGAGUGUAUUAAGGACUUAUUUAGAGUGAAGAAUAGCAAAAAAACGAUGGAAAAACCAAAAAUUUUGAAAGAAAUCCUUCGGGAAGAUGAAAUUCUACAAAUUCCAAGUCCUGUGAGGACCAAAUUGGAAGAAUUCAUCAAUUCUAACAUUGAAGAAGCUUUGACUCACAAAGCCUUGUGUUCGGCCACCGAAAAAGAACAAUCGCUCUUGAAACAAGAUUUAGCUGAACUUACAAACGAAAACAAAAAGUUGCAAAAUGCUUUGGCAGAGUUGGAGCAAAUGAAAAGUCAGACGGCAACAAGCCUGGAGAAUCUGAAACAGGAUUAUGAAAAAGUAAAACUAGAGUUGUCCGUCUCUGAGAUGCACAAAAACAGUCUGCAAAAACAGAAUGACAUCUUGACGAAUGAAAAAGAGCGUCUUUCUCAAAUGGUUGACCGAAGAAAUAAUGAGGUGGAAAGACUGCAGAUUGAACUUCGGGAGCUCGAGACCAAAUUGAAGGACAAAAUGAACGCUCAGUGCGAGGCAUUAGCUCAAAUGGAUAAUUGCUCAACAAAAGAAGCUACCCUGGAUAUCCGAACGAAAAUGUUUGAACAGGAGAAAUCCAUGUUGCAAAAGCAAAUACGAGAUUUAAGAGCCGACUCCGAACGAAAUAUUAAUCAGCUAACGAAUGUACGGCGAGAAUUCACCGUCAAAUUGCUCGCUAUUGAGUCCCAAUUGUAUGAAAAAACGGAAGAGCUCAAGUUGAGUAAAUCCAUUAACUCUCAACUAGAAAAAACCAACGAAUCUUUGUCAUUUAAAGCAGAAGAUUUAUCCAUUCGAAUCAAAACAGACGCUGAAGAGACCCAAAAAUUGAUUGAGCACUACGAAAAAGAAUUGCAGUCGCAGAAGAAACUUGUGACUCUUUACAAGGAAAAUUGCGAUGAAAGCGAUAAAAAGGUAGAUGACAUGGCAAAAAGUAUUAAAGAACUCCAAUCACUCCUCCAUGAAGCGACUGAUGAAUAUGGGCUACUCGAAACUAAAAUGAAGCAAAUCGAAGUCAAGAGUCAGGACGAAAUAAAGGAGAAAGAUUUGAUAAUUUCUCAGCUUAGAGAUCAAUUGGCGACUGCACAACAUUUAACAGUUGAAAUGGAUAGGUUGAACAACGACAGUGCUAUGGAUUGCAUAGCACCAUCUGCAUCAAUUACCAAACAAUUUGAUCAAGGAGGCCUAAGUUUAUCUGAACUUUACUCUGCUUACUUGAAAGUUAACGAUGAAUUGCAAGAUCAAAAGAAGCAAAAUGAAAAGAUGAAAGCUCAACUAAAACAUGUUUUGACCGAAAUUGAGGAGAGUGCACCAAUCUUGAAGAGGCAAAGAGCCGAAUAUAACCAUCUUGUCGAGACAAACGCUUAUUUAACACAACAAAUUGAAUCGACUGGAAAUGCCUACAGUGAAACAAAGGCCAAAUUUGUUGACUUAAAUACAAAGGUGGGUUAUCUGCAGCGUGAAAAUCAAAAAUUGAAAACCGAAAGAGGGGACCUUGCUCGUCAGGUUUGUCAUUUGUUACAAAAAAUCGAGGAAGCCAGUAAUCGAUCUUUUACCGACACAAACUCUGAAGUAACAACAGAUAUGACAUCUAGCGAAGUUAUUUCGAAGAAAUUAGUGACUUUUGCCAACAUUGAAGAGCUUCAAGAACAAAACACAAAGUUGUUGUUGCUGGUAAGGGAUUUGAGUUCCAAGUUAGAAGAAAUUGAAGAAAACACCCAAGUUGAAACUAAUGAAAGCCUCAACUCAAAAGUAGCUGCCUAUACGAAAAAAAUUGAAGAACUUCGUAGCUCUCAAGAGUUCCAAACAGAAAUGAUUGAAAAUUGCAUGAAACAAAGAGAUCGUUACAAGGAACUUUACUUAGAAAGCAUUAAAGUUCGCUCAAACGAUUUCAGUGGUAACGCAGACGAUACAAAAGGUCAAGGAAAUGGUCUUUCCCAUGAGUCUAAAAUAGACGAACUUUCUAAAACUAUUACAAGAAAAGAGCAGGAAAUCGACGACCUUAAAAACAACUUUGAAAAAUACAAGACCGAAAAAUGCAUCAAUGAAAAAUUAAUUACUGACCAAUUGGAAAAUAUGAGACAAGAAAUUCGAGAUUUGACAUCCAAGAAUUACAAAAUUGCUUCAGCACACGAAUUCAAGACGGAACAAUUGAAAAUCAACAAUAAGACAUUAGAAAUGUAUAAAAAUCAAAUUACUACUUUAGAAGAUCGCAAUAAAGUAUAUGAAAUCACGAUUUCACGUCACGAAACAUCUCUGAAGGGAUUAACAGAAGAAAUAUUGAAAACUCAAAACAAAUUGACAACUACCGAAAUGGAAUGUCAACAUUUGAGACAAGAAGUUCAAAGAUUGCGCGAGUUAGAGAUUAGAUAUACGUCUGAAAGAGAAUUCAUGCAAAAUGAAAAACAAACUCAAAGCUUGUUGCUCCAAAAUUUGGAGACAAUCAAAACAAAUAUCCAGAAAUCAGAGAUCGACGGACGUCUGAAACUGGAAAACAACCUAUCCGAACUGAGUCGCGAAUGUUCCGCAUUGCGAAGACGGUUACAAGAGGAACAAGAUCGCUUCAGAGAAAUACUUUCAAAUGCCGAGUCAGAGAAGCGAAAAUUGAUUGAAACGUUGGACGAAAAAGAAAAGCAUGUAACAAUGUUAAGCAGCAGGUUAGCUUCGUUGGAGGAUGAAUUAAAAAACAAAAACGAUCAUUUAACAGAACUAAAUGCCAAAUGUAACACUCCGAGUCUCGUGCAAAAUGAAGACGAAGCCCAAAAAGUCAUCAGAGAACUAAAGAAAAAAAUAGAAGAAAAUAACAUUGAUAUCGCCUCAUUAACUCAACAAUUAAUGAUUGCACGCGAACAUGCCUCCCAGUUUUGUCAAAUGGCUGAAAAAGCAGAAAAAGAUUGGAAAAAAAUUAAUGGUGAUCUUGAAAUUAAAAAUCAAGAUUUAGAAAAGCAAUUAAUUCAUUUGAGGCAGAAAGAAGAAACCCUUAAUGAAAAAAUCCAAAGCCUUGAAAGAGAAUUCGUCUUACAAGCGGCCAACUCGCGUCCAAUCACGAAUGGAAAGCAAGAGUUUGAUAACUUGAAAAAGGAACUAACUGAGGCCAUAACCAACUUGAAUGAAGUUAAAAAUGAGGCUGUCACGCUUCGCGCCCAAUACAUGGAAGCCUCUAAUGAUCUGCGAAUUGCCGAGCAAAAAUAUGCCAAUGAAAUGAUUUUGCAUUCGGCAGAUAUUCAAGCUUACUCAUUAUUGAAAGAGGAACACCAGAAACUUUUGGAAGAAUGCACAAAUAUGAAACUCUCGAAAGAAUCAACUAACAAUAUUCUAGCUCAACACCAAGACAUAUUAAUGAACUUGGAAGAGAAACACCGAAUGGAAAAACAAGAUCUUGAAUCACAAAUAAACGAUUUGCAGUCGCAUAAUUCUUUAUUGCUAGAUCAAGUAGAAACAUUGGGAUCCAAGCUUGCGAUAUACACUAAUUCAAACGACCAAAAUAUCAGUUUUGACGAGGACCAAUCCAAGUCUUCGGAAGAACUGCUUCGUAUCAUAAAAUACUUGAGAAAAGAAAAGGAAAUUGCACUGUCAAAAUUAGAACUUUUUAACAACGAAAGCGUGCGUCUCAAAACAGAAAAUAAAGUUUUGCAAAAGAAUGUGGAAAAACUUACAGAGACGUUAAAGGAAACUCCAACUGAAGCUCAAUUAAUGAUUAAUAACACCGUAAAACACGAAGAAUUAUUGAGAAAGUUAGAAACAAUGAAUGCAAUCACAGACAGCAACAGAAUUUUGCGUGAAGAACGCGACUCUCUUUCGGCACGAGUGAAAGAUCUAUCAGAGUCAGUUAAUAAACUCCAGAAUGAAUUGCUUCCCUUAAAAGAAAAAGACCAAGAACUAACAAUGAAGUUGGACGCUCUAUCUAAUGAAAAUGGCUCUUUACGCAUUGAAGUGACACGAUGGAGACAACGAGCAAACUUGUUGGUUGAACGUUCAAAUAAAUCCAGUCCAGAAGACAUUAAAAAAUUGCAACAAGAUAAAGAAAAUCUAUGCAAGACAAUAGUAGCAGAAAAAGAAGAGUGCAGAAAGCUGUCGGAUGAAAUCAAUUUACAAAAAACAGAAAAAUUAAGACUAGAAGCAGAAGUGUCUGGUUUAAAAAGAACUAAUUCCAAUUUAAGUGAUGAAAUCAGCAAGAAUAUGCUAGAAAUAAGUAUAUUUAAGGAAAAUGUCAACAAACUAACAUCGGAUAUAAAAGAUCUCAAAGAUCUUCACAAACAGGAAUUAGAGAAAUUAGCUAUUGAGCUGUCUGAUAAAGAUGCUCAAUUAACCGACACUAAAAACAAAGAAAUGCAGAUUCGCAAAAUUGCAAAACGAUAUAAGGAUUCCUUUUUGGAGCUACAAAAACAACAUGAAAAUAAAAUGGAUCCCGGUAACUCACAAGCAAUAAAUAAUGAUGCUACGACUAAAAGUGAUGAAAUUCAAAUCCUCACGGACGAGAAUAACACACUCAAAAAGCAAAUAGAUGAGCUUAAGGCCAGCUUGGAAAAAGAAGAACGUAAUAAGUCUUUGCUAAAAGAAGCUAAACAAAGAAUAAUAGGUUUGAGUGACAAAAAAGAUGCGUUACAAAAAGAACUUCAACAACUUAAAAGCAAAUUGGCGGUAAUUGAUCAGGUCAAACCUGAAGCAGGAGUGUCGUCUGAAAAUGAUGUGAUUGCUCAAAAAACAAAAGAAAAUGAAGAGCUAACUGCUAAAGUUAAUCAAUUAACUAGACAAAUAGCCUUGCAAAGUGUCAAACCAAUGCCUGCUUCGACAUCUAUUGAAAAGAGCUCUAUCGAGCCCGUUCGUACUGCUAAUGUGCGUCCUAUAACUCCGACAACUCAACAUUCCACAUCCGUUACUAUGUGGAGAGGUAAUGAAACACCUCUCGCUAGUAUAAAACCAAUGACCGUACAAGGUGGAAGAAACGCUGCAAUUUUGGGAAGCAAUCAGACUCUAGGUACACUCAUUGAAACAGCUGCUUCAUCAACAUAUUCUGAUAGUGUUGCAAACAGCCAAUGUGGUACAAGUACUACGAUGGUUGCCACCGUUCCUCCGCUUGGUUCUAAUGUGGAACAACCACAUGAAAACAGUGGUGAAAAUUAUAUGGAGUCGAACAGCUUUCAAGGCGGAUCAAUUAUUUCGCAAACAGUUGCAUUAGUGUCACCUCGUGUAGAGACUGCCCAUGGAGUAGAUACUUCCCAACAAGGUCCAGUAGAUGAAAAUGAUAUCUUAAGCAACGAUGCGGAACAAUCCGAGUCUACAAUAAACAUGCAACCCGCAUCGUCCUCCGUAUCUGUUUCUACAUCGCAAGUAUCUUUAAAACGAAAUAGAGAUACAGAUAGCACUGGUAGCCUUCUUGAAUCACCUCAAACUAAAAAGACUCGUUCCGUUUCAUUGGAAUCUGACAAAAAGGCCUUAACAAAGUUUUUGAACGAAGUGGAGUAUCAAGUUCCCACAUCUUCACAAAGAGAUCAAGACGAUGACGUGAUUGAAAUUGAUGAUGAAAGAGAGGCCGUACUUGAUGUUGGUAUUCAGGAGGCAUCAACACAAGACACAUACGCAGAAGAGCAAAAUUCAGCAGACGGAAGCUCUGUCGAUCCAAAUCUAAUGGAGAAUCCGAAAUCUUUGGUUAGCUCAGCAAACCAAGAAAGUAAAGCUUCUUCUAGUGAUGCUCUAGCAAAACCUUCGAGCUCUGAGAUUUGGUUUAGCGAUACAAAAAAUGAAGCCGAGAUUACUCAGGAUGAAGCGCGUAGCUCCAUGCUCCAUACAACUACUGUAAAUUCGUGUGAGGUUUCAGUGGAACCUGAGGAUGAUAUUACAAAUAAUGACAAUACUAUCAACACAAAAAAUGAAAUUUCAGAAUUGGAAAUACCAGCUGAUAAGGAAGAAUAACUGACUGGAAAUACCCCCUAAUUUAACAUUGGUCACAAUUUUAUUCGACUAAUAAUUCUUCACAAUAAAUAUUAAAAUGUAAAUGGCUUCUUCUUAAAACAUUCGUCGUUUUUAGUAUGUAGGUACUCCGUAGUCUUCCUUAAUCAUAUCCGCGCCCUUUUCUCCAAUCAUUACUACAGCUAAAA